AUGCCCUUCGCCCACGGGGCCGCCUGCCCCCCGGCUCGCCCGGCCGCCCGCCGCACCGCUGCCAUGGGCGAGGCGCCCGAGCCGGCCCCGCAGGCCCCGCUGGCCGUGCUGUCCAAGGUGGAGCUGCGGGUGAGCUGUAAACACCUCCUGGACCGCGACACCCUCAACAAGUCGGACCCCUGCGUCCUGCUGCUGAUGCAGUCCCAGGGCCAGUGGAUGGAGGUGGAUCGCAGCGAGGUCAUCAAGAGCAACCUCAACCCCGUCUUCGCCAAGAUCUUCACAGUGGAUUAUUACUUCGAGGAAGUGCAGAAGCUGCGUUUCGAGGUGUACGACAGCCACGGGCACGCCGGGGUGGGCACGCACGACGACGACUUCCUGGGGGGCAUGGAGUGCACCGUGGGGCAGAUCGUGGCACAGAAGAGGGUGACGAAGCCGCUGUUCCUCAAGUACGGGAAGUUCGCUGGCAAAUCCACCAUCACGGUCAUCUCAGAGGAGAUCUCGGGGAACAACGGCUACGUGGAGCUCGCCUUCCGUGCCAAGAAGCUGGACGACAAGGAUCUCUUCAGCAAGUCAGACCCUUUCCUGGAGAUCUACCGCAUCGACGAUGACGGCAGCGAGCAGCUGGUGUACCGCACCGAGGUGGUGAAGAACAACCUGAGCCCCAUCUGGGAGCCCUUCAAGGUGUCCCUCAACUCCCUCUGCAGCUGUGAGGAGAAGAGGAAGCUGAGGGGCGUGGUGUGGGACUACGACUCGCGGGGCAAACACGACUUCAUCGGGGAGUUCUUCACCACCUUUGAGGAGAUGCAGAAGGCGAUGGGGGAGAACAAGGUGCAGUGGGACUGCAUGAACCCCAAGUACAAGGUCAAGAAGCGAAACUACAAGAACUCAGGGGUGGUGGUGCUGCUGGACUUGAAGAUCCACAGGGUUUACUCCUUCCUGGACUACAUCAUGGGCGGCUGCCAGAUCCACUUCACGGUGGCCAUCGACUUCACAGCCUCCAACGGGGACCCCCGAAACAGCUGCUCCCUGCACUACAUCAACCCCUACCAGCCCAACGAGUACCUCAAGGCGCUGGUCGCGGUGGGCGAGAUCUGCCAGGACUAUGACAGUGAUAAGAAAUUCUCAGCUCUGGGCUUUGGUGCAAGGAUCCCCCCCAAGUACGAGGUCUCCCAUGAUUUCGCCAUCAACUUCAACCCUGACAACGAUGAGUGCGAGGGCAUCCAGGGCGUCGUGGAGUCCUACCAGAGCUGCCUGCCCAAGAUCCAGCUGUACGGCCCCACCAACGUGGCUCCCAUCAUCUCCCGGGUGGCUCGUGUGGCAGCCGACGAGGAGCGGACGAAGGAGGCUUCGCAAUACUUCAUCCUGCUGAUCCUGACGGACGGCGUGGUGACUGACAUGGCGGACACGCGGGAGGCCAUCGUCCGCGCGUCCUACCUGCCCAUGUCCAUCAUCAUCGUGGGCGUGGGCAACGCCGACUUCACCGACAUGCAGAUCCUGGACGGGGACGACGGCGUCCUGCGCUCCCCCAAGGGCGAGCCCGUCCUGCGCGACAUCGUCCAGUUCGUGCCCUUCCGGGAGUUCAAGAACGCGUCACCGACGGCUCUGGCGAAGUGCGUGCUGGCGGAGGUGCCCAAGCAGGUGGUGGAGUACUACAGCUACAAAGCCUUCCCGCCCCGCUGCCCCCAGCCCGACACCCCCGACUCCAACCUCAGCUCACCGCAGUGAGCCCCCCCCACUCCCCCCAGCGUGGCACGGGGACGGACGGGGGUCCCCGGCCAGGCGCAGACCCCUCCUCGCAGGGCACGGGGCACCGGGAGCCGGCAGCGCGCCCCACCGGCCCCUGGCCGGGGACAUGGGGACGGUCCCGGUGUCCCCCCGCCCCGCGCUGCCCUGGGGGUCCCCAGCGGGCAUUUCCCCACCUCGGUGGUCCCUAACCGACAGCCCCUUCCUGCUCCAUCCCCUCUGUCCCCGCUUGUCUGUCGCUGUGACGUCGUUUGGAGGCUGCAUGACAAACCCCCCGCC